AUGAUUGGCAUUCUUGUCUUGUUGGCGGUGAUCACGCUGGUGACAAUCAACCACGUGCUCUCCCGAAUGCGGUUAAAGCCCGUCCGCACCAAUUACGACUACGAUGCCAUCGUUGUGGGUGGAAGCAUCGCUGGGCCGGUGGUGGCGAAGGCACUUUCAGCUCAAAAUCGGAAGGUGUUGCUGCUUGAGCGCGCGCUCUUUACCAAACCAGAUCGUAUCGUUGGUGAGCUUUUGCAGCCCGGCGGGAUCAAUGCAUUGAAGCAAGUGAACAUGGAGGGAUGUGCCACCUCUGUGGGCAUGCCCUGUGACGGGUACCUGGUGGUGGACGGAAAAGGACAUCAGGUAAAGCUACCCUACAGGGCGGGCUUUCAAGGCUAUUCUUUUCACUUUGGGGAAUUUGUCAAUAACCUAAGGGAGAAUGUCUGGUUGAACUGUGCUGAGAACGUGACGAUGCUGGAGGCGACAGUAAAUGAGGUGCUGUUGGAGAAGACGGGCCUUCUCGAGCGCGCCUACGGUGUAGCGUACUCCAUUGCAGCGGACUACAAGGUGCCGGAGGCGCCAUUCAAGGAGGACACGCCAGUGGACCGUCAGUCGACAACAACAAUGACAGAUCAACGCGUCGCAACAGCGCCACUCAUCAUUAUGUGCGACGGCGGCUCCUCAAAGUUCAAGGCAAAGUACCAACACUACACUCCUGCGCGGCAGUACCACUCAAAUUUUAUUGGGCUUGUUGUUCGGAAUGCUCAGUUGCCAGUAGAAAAAUAUGGCACAGUAUUUUUUGGAAAAACAGGUCCCAUUCUCUCUUAUCGACUUGAUCCAAAGGAGCUUCGCAUGCUAGUUGAUUACAACAAACCAACUCUACCAGGUUUGGAACAGCAAAGCAAAUGGCUUAUUGAAGAAGUGGCACCCUGCCUUCCAGUAGAAAUGCGUUCGGAUUUUAUUUCUGCUGCAAAGGAUACAUGUGGCAUUCGUUCCAUGCCUGUAGCACGUUAUCCCCCAACGUUUCCAUCGAUCAGAGGCUACGUGGGCUUGGGAGAUCAUGCUAAUCAGCGUCAUCCACUGACUGGGGGUGGUAUGACAUGUGCGUUUAACGAUUCACUUCUUUUGGCAAAAAAUCUUGCUGACAUUCCAAGCCUGCGCAGCAGUGACAUCAACGAAAUGGCGGAGAUUGAAGAUGGAAUUCAAGCAGCUAUAUUGAAUUACACACAGCGGCGCUUUUGGCACUGCAGCUGCAUCAAUAUUCUUUCUUGGGCUCUUUACGCUGUAUUCAGCAUUCCCGCCCUGCGUGAUGCAUGCUUUGAUUAUUUUAUGCUUGGAGGUGACUGUGUAGAUGGCCCAAUGUCACUGCUCUCUGGCCUGGAGCCCGGACCGUUUCAACUGCUGUUUCACUACUACCGUGUGAUGGUUUAUGGUGUAUUUAACAUGCUUACAGGCAGUGGUGUGUACAGUUGUCACGGGACGAUGCCUAGCUUAUUUCAAAAAUGCUUUAAUAUGGUCACAUUCGUGGUGAACCCAUUCCGUAUUGCUGAGGCCCUGCGUAUUCUUAUCGUUGCUACUCUGGUGGUUGUCCCCCUGGCAUAUCAAGAGUCUGUUUCGUUUUGGAGACUGAUGGAUCCCACGAGUCUUGUUGCCAACGUGGUGCGGAAGAUAAAGAUUUUGCUAUACCGGGCCUGGCUCGAUGGAAAAAAACGAAAACCGGUGGGUAUAUAG